AUGUCCGGCUUUGGCAGCACCGGCUUCGGCGGCUUUGGCUCGACCAACAAUCAGCAAUCUACUGGUUUUGGUGGCUUUGGGGCCACCAACAACACCACCGCUAGCACUGGCUUCGGCUCUGGCAACACUACCAACAAUGCCUUUGGGUCUACCGGUACCACCAAUACCGGUGGCGGCUUGUUUGGCGGCGGCGGCGGCACAACCAGUGCUUUUGGCGGCACAUCAUCGGGCUUCGGUGCCAACACAGGCUCGACCUUCGGUGCCGCGAAACCCGCCUUCGGGGCCACUCCAUCUACCGGAGGUGGCCUUUUCGGUGCAUCCAGCACCACCAACACAACAGCCGCUCCAUCUACAGGCUUCGGCGGCUUUGGCGCCAACACCACAACGACGAAUACCUCAUCGCCUUUCGGAGGCACCUCGGGCGGUGGCUUAUUCGGCAGUGCCAACAAGCCCGCUUUCGGCUCUGGCACCACUAAUUCUACCGGCGGCACAUCGCUUUUUGGCGGUAACACGUCUACUGGGUUCGGCGGGACCACGAAUACUACCAGCGGUGGCUUCGGCGCGACGAUGAACCCUGGCAUCGGAUCCAACGUUGGCGACCCACCAGGCACCGCGAUCACCCCCUUCCAAGCACACCAAGAGAAGGAGACUACUGGAGCUGGAAAUCAGUCCAACUCGUUCCAAAACAUCCUGUUUCAGGAGCCGUACAAGAAGUGGUCAUCCGAUGAGUUGAGGUUGGCUGACUACGCUCAAGGUCGUCGUCACGGCAAUGCCAGUGGAGGAGGAGCCUUUGGUGUUUCCAACUUUGGCAGUGGCGGAUUCGGAGCGACGAACAACCAGCAAACCACAGGAUUCGGAACAGGCACCUCUACCGGAGGAGGCCUUUUCGGCGGUGGAGCCAACAACACCACAAACACAGCAACAACCACCGGCGCCUUUGGAGGUGGAUCUACCGGAGGUUUCGGCGCUGGCGGCGGAGGGUUGUUUGGAAACAAUGCCGCUAAGCCGGCGACCGGGGGUGGCCUUUUCGGCAGCGGAACGGCGACCACAACGGCACCUGCUCAGUCUGGUGGUCUCUUCGGAGGUGGUUCUACCGGAGGUUUCGGCGCCACAGGCACCACUGGUGGGUUCGGGGCUACGAACACCAACACUGGGGGCGGUCUUUUCGGCUCGAACAACAACACCGCAACCCAAAACAAGCCUUCAGGCUUUAGCUUCGGAAACACUGGAGCAACUACCGGUGGCUUCGGGAAUACCACGAGCACCGGCUUCGGAGCGAAUAACAAUACUGCCGGCAACACCAGCACUUCGGGUGGGUUAUUCGGAAGCAACACCGGACAAGCUACAGGUGGUGGUCUGUUUGGCAACAACCAAGCACAGCCUCAGCAACAGAACACCGGCUCGGCGUUUGGCGGAGGAUUCGGUCAGCAGAACCAGCAGACGGGCGGCGGUGGACUGUUCGGAAACACCCAGCAGAAGCCAGCAACGGGAGGCGGUCUCUUUGGAGGCGGCGGCGGCGCGACGACAGGUGGAGGACUUUUCGGCGGUGGAAACACUUCUUCCACCUCAUUUGGUGCCACAAACACGAACACGAACACUGGCGGUGGUCUCUUUGGCGCGAAGCCGGCAGCUACCGGUGGCGGUUUGUUCGGAUCCAACCCGGCAGGACAGACCAACAACGCCGGUGGCGGCCUCUUCGGCGGCGGCUUAGGCCAAAACAACCAGACCCAGCAACAGACUGGACAAACUUCUCUAUUUGGAGGAGCCCAAAACCAGGCCAAGCCUGGCGGCUUGUUUGGCUCAUCCCAACCCGCCAGUAGCGGCAUGUUUGGUGGACAAAACAACCAACAGCAGGGCGGCAUGUUCGGGGGUGCUAACCAGCAGCAACAGCAACCGCAGAACUCCUUGUUCGGUGGUUCACUGCUGGGCAAUUCCCAAGGAGUCAGCCAAGGCCCUCAGUCUCUCACGGCCAACAUCAAUGACGUCUCUGCGUACGGCUCACCCUCGCUUUUCUCCAACUUGGGAGGCUCAGAGACGCCCAAUCCCGGACCUCUUGCUACACCUCUUUCAAGCAAGUCUAAGCCUAGACGUAGCUCCAUCUUGCCCAUGUAUAAGUUGAACCCCGCAUCAGCCGCUCGCUUCGUCACUCCCCAAAAGCGUGGCUUUGGGUUUUCAUACAGCACCUAUGGUACACCCGGUGGCAGUCCUUCAAGCGCAGCGAGCACCCCUGGCGGUGCCAGCCGAAGCUUGUUGGGUUCCUCGAGCUUCAAUCGAAGCUUGAGCAAGAGCGUGUCAACCAGCAACCUGCGGAGAAGCUUCAACGCUGAGGAUAGCAUCCUUGCACCUGGUGCUUUCUCUGCUAGCUCAGGACCCCGCUACUACGGCCAGAAUGGAAGUGUCAAGAAGCUGAUCAUCAACAAGGACAUGCGCAGUGACCUCUUCUCUACACCUACCAAGGAAAAGCCUUCUACCGAUCUGGUCAACGGCUCUCGCAAGCUGUCGAAGAGGGUCAGUUUCGACACCAGCACGAUGGAUACCCCCGAAGUCGACGACAACGACAGUGUUUUGGGAUCUACCCCAAGAGUCGGAACCGUCGCUCAAGAAUCGACUACCGCCAAUGUUAACGUCAACGGAAACAAGCCCGCUAGCGCUUCCGCAGAGGCGGAUCCCAGCAAGGGUAAAGAGCUCGCCAUCGUCCAUGAGGAGGACACUUCCUCCCAAGCACCCGAAGUCAAUAAGGAGGGCCUCGACGCCGCCCCCGGUGCCUACUGGAUGAGUCCGACCAAGGAGGCUCUCGCCAACAUGAACAGAAUGCAGCGUCAGCAAGUCACGAACUUCACUGUGGGCAGAGACAACGUCGGCAGUGUUCGCUUCAAGGUCCCCGUUGACCUCAGCAAUAUUGAUUUGGAUGAGAUCUUUGGUGGAAUCGUCAUCCUUGAAACCCGGUCCGCGACUGUCUACCCCAUUGCAGCCAAGAAGCCUCCUGUCGGCAAGGGGCUGAACGUUCCGGCUCUCAUCUCUCUAGAACAGUCUUGGCCUCGCGGUAGAGACAAGCGCCCUAGCAACGACGCCAAGCGUUUCAACAAGCAUAUUGAGCGCCUGAAGCGCAUCGAAGACACGACUUUUGAAAGCUACAACACCGAUACUGGCGUGUGGAAGUUUUCAGUUGAACAUUUCACCACGUACGGCUUGGAGUAUGAUGAGGAUGACGACGAGCCCGAGCAAUCUGCAGUCCAGCAGCCCCACGAAGAGGUUUCUUUCAGCAAUGCUUCCCAGGAAGACUCGUAUGAUUCAGAGUCCAGCCCACGGGAAGACGACACCUUUGACUUCCGCAGAAACAAACGACGCGCUCUUCCUGGCGCAUUCGACCACCGUGAUGAAGACUUUGGUGACAUCGAAGAUUCUCAACGCCGCUCCCAGCGCCAGUCUUUUUUAGGGGAUAGCUUCGCGGGUUCGACGUCCAAUGCGCUCAUUCUGUCGACUGAAGAGGAGACAGACGAUCAGGACAACGGAUAUGGCACGUCUGAGGAUGAGGACAUGGUGGGUACUCCAGUCAGACGCCAUCUUGCCGCGGAGCAACCAAUCGACUCGCCAGAAGGCGAUGGUACUGCCCCAACAAGCGAAACACCAGGAGGCAUCCUUCGAGCAAGGAUGCGGGCACUGAAGGGUUCGGCUACUCCCAUGAAACUUCAGGUUGCCGGUGGAGACGAGUGGAUGGACAUGCUUCAGAGAUCUGUCAGCCCUCAAAAGAGAGAUCGGGCGUUUUUGCGAAGUGUGAACGAGACAGCAUUGCGUCCAGCUGCCGACGAUGCCGAUGCAGCAAGCCAGAGAGGCCGCGUUGUGUCAGAUGGUCGUGGAUUCGCUACAAGCAUCGAUCUGAUGAACUCGCUAUUUGAAAAGGCAAAGGCGCCGCCCGCGCUCGCGCCGACGAGAGGCUUCGUUCAGUGGCCCUACGAGCGACAAACCAAGUCAUUCGUUGACCAGUCCGAUAUGAGUGAUGCCGACCACGCCUUUCACAGUUCGAUGAGGCCCACCUGGGGACCUGACGGAACCCUACUGUUCACAUCGACUCGUUCGUCUCUUGAGGAUGCCGGCAAGCAAGGCGCAGCCAGCAACCUGAUGAUCACGAAGAAUGUUAUCCAAGCACAAGGACGUGAAAUUCAGGCGGCUAAGUUUUCCAAUGAGCAACUUACAUACGUCAAGGACUCUGCUAAAGCCCUCGAAAACCAUGUUCGCCUGACCAACGUUGAGCUCACUGGGGGCGUCCCGAAGUUGUCGUUGCACCCUGGUUCGCUCAAGUCUCUUUUCCAUGAUCAGGACUCAAGCAACCCUGCGAAUGCUCACGAGAAGCUUGUUUGGGAUCUUGCUUGUAUUCUUUUUGACGGUGACGCUAGCACCGAGUCUCGUAGAAUCACGUUAUCCCAAUUCUGGGCAGCGCUUGUCGACUCUGCAUCAUCACGGUCUGUUUCUCUUGCAAAGUCCAGCGAAGAGAAGGCCAUUGCAGCCUUGUCUGGCCACCGUGUCCAAGAUGCCUGCAAGCACUUGCUCGACGGGAAAAAUUUCCACCUCGCAACGCUAGUAUCAUUGAUUGGUAGCAAUGAUCAGUCAAAGAAAGACAUGCGCGAGCAACUCAGCGAGUGGCAAGAUGCAAACUUCCUGUCUGAGUUCGCCGACCCUGUCCGAGCGAUAUACGAGAUUCUUAGCGGCAACGUUUGCGUGUGCGAAGGGAAAAAGGAGGUUCCCCUUCAUGACCGUAUUGAGUCAUUUGUCAUUUCCGAACGAUUUGGCCUGGAUUGGAAGCAAGCAUUUGGUCUUCGCUUGUGGUACUCAAUCUCGCGCAAGGAUGACCUUUCUGCCGCGGUCCGCGUGUUCAAGGAGGACGUGGCCCAGGAUAGGGAGCAGCGUCCACAGACGUGGUAUGUUGAGCAAGGCAUUCCGGCACUCUGGGAAGACCAAGACCAAGACCUGCGGGAGGACCUCCUGUGGGGUUUGCUCAAGCUCUACUCGGACGGCGAGACCGACUUGGAGGCUGUCUUGCGACCAGAGAACAGCCAGCUAUCACCACUGGACGUCCGGCUCAGCUGGCAACUCAGCCGCGCGCUCCUCUCUACUGGCAAGGUGUCUUACGGCCGCGACGGGACCGAAAAGGCUGACGCUUUGACAAUUUCCUUUGCUGAUCAGCUCAUCAACGAGGGCAGUUGGCUGGAGGCUACCUUUGUUUUACUGCAUCUCAGCCAGGCUGAUAGAAGGGCGAAGGCUGUCCAGGAUAACCUUUGCCGCCAUGCUGCUCUUUUGGGUCCGGAAAGCGGAAGUAACUUUGCCAUGCUCGCUCAUACUCUGAAAGUGCCGGCCGCGUGGAUUUGGGAUGCCCAGGCUCUUUUCAUGCGAGCGGUGAAGAGAGAUGCUGCUUCCGAAGUGCAGUGUCUUCUCCGUGCCGGCUCAUAUUUCGAGGCCCACGAGGUUUUCGUGCACAAGGUUGCGCCUUCUGCCGCCAUCAGCCGCGAUUAUAACGAACUAGCCUCCAUUCUGGCCCGUUUCGAGGACCACAAAAACGACAUUGCAGGCUGGACUCUGGGUGGUGAGGUCUACAAGGCCUUUUUGGAGCUUGUGGAUCGUCGUAGGCAGCGACAACAGGUCUCCUCGUCUACUCUCGAGAAGUUGGUUGCAGGUCUUCCUGCCAUGCGCGAGCAUGCAGAGAGUGCCAAUGUAACGAGUAUGGCAGCCAUCUCGGAGAUGAGCUCAACAGUGGCCAAAGUCAUGGUGGAGACGUCCAGACAAGACCAGGACGUUCCUCGCGUAUUGGGUCUCCCCGUCACAGAGGACGGUCACCUCAAACACUCACUGCAACUGGGUCUUUCCUACUAUGAAGGAUUGAUGGCCGGAGCCAGAUAG